AUGACAAAAGACGAUUCUGCAUGCUAUCGACAAUUUAUGACAAUUCAAUAUGCUAAAAUAAAUCGAUGGAAACCACCGAUUGAUCUUGCAUCUGAUAUGUUUCCAAAUGGUUCAUUUAAAGCCACUUCAUUUGGUCCAUGUUGUCCUCAAGCGAAUAGCGGAUUAUACAUUCCUAUGCAAGAUGAACAAUGUCUCUAUCUAAAUAUCUUUACACCAAUAGUCAAAUUCAAUCAAUCAUUAGUACCAGUACUCGUUUGGAUUCAUGGUGGUGGUCUACAAACUGGUUGUUCAUCUCAAAGCAUUCCAUUAUUAUAUAACGGUACAAAUAUUAUUGCAAAUUCACCUCAACAACAACCGGUUAUUAUUGUAACAAUUAAUUAUCGAUUAGGUGUCUUAGGUGAUAUGUAUUUGACUCAACUAAUUCAAGAAAAUCCAGUAGAAUGGCCAACAGCUGGCAAUUAUUAUUAUCUUGAUAUGAUAUCUGCGUUACGUUGGAUAAAUAAAAAUAUUAUUGAUUAUGGUGGUAAUCCCAAUAAUGUUUUAUUAUUUGGAGAAAGUUCAGGAGCAAAUGCUGUUGUUGAUAUUGGUGCAUUAAGAGGCUCAUCCAAUAUCUAUCAACAUGUUAUAUCACAAUCAGGUGGAGCUGGUAAUUAUCUCUAUUAUACGAAUAAGAGUAAUGCUCUUUAUGUAUCUAAUAAAAUUGUUCAACAAAUGAACUGUACAAAUGAAAAUAGUCAAAUGAUGCUUGCAUGUUUACGUAAUUGUUCUAUUGAAAAUUUAAUCACAGCUUAUGGUUUUCAUCAAACAAAGCCAAUUAUUGAUGAUUAUUUUUUUCCAUUUUAUCCACCUUUAGCAAUUCAAAAUGGAAAAUAUAAUCAAAAUCUAACUAUAAUUAUGGGUAAUAAUGAUGAUGAAUAUCCCGCAUGCUUUGGUUUUCCUGACAUGAAUUCAACAGAUGCUGUAUCAAUGUUAACUGUACCUAUAGGUGAAAAAUGGGCACCGAUAGUUGCCGAUUAUUAUCAAUUACAUAAUUGUUCAUCUAAUAGAAAUGCUAUAAAUCGCUGUUGUAAUAUAGUUCGUUUAUUAUCCAUGGAUAAAAUGUUUGAUUGUAAUGUUCGUCGUAUGUACAACAAUUUAUACUUAAAAUAUGGUCAACAAAAAAAUUUGUUUUGGUAUCAUUUCAAUUGUAAUCCAGGAAUAUGUCCUCAAUUAUCAAUGGAAGAAGGUGGUGCUGUAUGUGUUCAUACAGCAGAAAUUGCAUACGUUUUUGGAACUGUAAGUUCUUAUAGUUCGAUAAAUUUGCUUAAUUGUACAUGGGAUAAUCAAUCACAAAUAUUUUCCAAUCAAGUCAUUUCACAUUGGAUCAGCACAGCUACAACAGGAAAACCAUUGGAACAAUGGUCUUAUUAUGAUUCAUCGAUACCAAAAUAUUUUUAUAUUACACCUUAUCAAGAUUUUUCAACUAUAUUAUGGAAUGGAAGUUGUUCAAUUUUUGAUCAAAUGGAACGAGAGGGAAUAUCUUUAAUGUUUGGAAACUAUAAUCCAUUUUUAAUUCGCUGUGCAUUAAUGAGUACAGCACAAAAAUUAAAUAAAGAAUUUUCAAUUGAUGUUGAUCUUUUACCAAUUCAUAAAGCUUUAAGUUAUAUUCGUUCGUUAGCUAAACUGUUAUUAAUAUCAAAAAUUCAAUUUGAUAUGACAGUUGUGCGUCGUCGUGAGCGCAAUCUGAAUCGGUUGGUUCAAUUUGACUUUUGUAUUUCAUCAUUUAGUUAUAUUUGUAGUGAUCGUAAAGUUCAUCGAAAAAAUAGUCUAAUUUAUUGUGCUUCUUUUCGUUUAAUCGCAUCAAUACUUUAA